AUGUCGGCCAGCGUUGUGCGGUCUACCGCCCUCCGAGCCGGCGGCGCCUGCGUGCGCUGUCGCAAGGGCAAAACCAAGUGUGUCUACGAAAACGGUCGCGCUCCUUGCAAGAACUGCGCCAAGGGUAUGCACGAGUGCUAUUUGCCCUCCGAGUCCAUGGCCCAUCAUCACGGCCAGUCGCCCGCCCGUCAUACCGCCGCGCAUCGCCCUGCGCGUGAGAGCCUGCCUGCCUCGGUUCCGGCCGGUGAUGUGCGCGCCGCCAACCCGGCCUCGACCUCGUCUCGUCACAAAGGAACCACGAAUGCUGACUUCAUUCCCGCCAGACUUACACCGGAGCUCAUCCAAGAAUGCGAACGCGUCAUUUCCAAGACGUACCCGGCCUGCGUUGCUUUCCACAAGCCUUCGUUCAUCCAGCAGCUCAAGAACGCCUCUCUGGACCCGGCCCUCAUUUACGCGCUGCUCACCUGCGCCGCUCGAAGCUCCCCUACCUUGAUUAGACGCUAUGGCGGGCAGUCCGGUGCUACUGGUGCUGCUGAGCACUUCGCAGCCAAGGCCAUGGGCAUCAUCAACCAGAACCUCGACACUCCAAGUCUCGCUGAGAUCCAGGCCAUCUGCUUGAUCAUCAUUCACGAGUGGGGUUCCCGCAAUGCUGUUCGUGCUUACAUCUACUUGGGCCAGGCUAGUCGCAUGGUCCAGAUGUACCGCAUUCUGCACAGCCACCAUGCGGCCGUCAGUGAUGCCGAUAGGUUCCUUCAGGACGAGUCGUUCCGCCGUGUGCUGUGGCUGCUGUAUAUUCUCGACUGCUUGCUUACUAGCACGCCCGGCCGCCAGCCGGCAUUGUCUGCCAACGACACGGCUGAUGUCUCUCUGCCCUGCUCCGACAUGAACUUUGCCUUUGGCAACGCCGUCUAUGUCCAGACCAUCAACCUUUCAGACCCGUCUCGGAUGCCUUCUGGCUCCCGCACCGACGAGGUCGGCGAGUUUGGUCAGAUUGUCAUGGCCACUCGCAUAUGGCGCGACGUGGUCCAGAUGUUGAUGACCACAACCACGGAGACCUUCAAUGACAAUGUCUGCACUACUCUCAUGGGUGAGAUUGAGCGCCUCCGCACCUCUCUGUCGAUGCAGUAUGUCGAUAAGCCCGGCCAGAUCAACCUUCAUAUCACCAUGGGCUCUGGCUUCACAUAUGCCAUGCUGCACUGCAUGCUCCACUGCGCAUCCAUCUUCAUCAAUCGCCGUCGCCUGCUGCAGUAUGUUACUGCGCCUGGCUUCAACUUGGAGAGCUGGCGCCUCACCCCCCAGUGCCACGAGAUCAUUGAUAGGCUCUUUACCUCGUGCCACAGCACCAUCGCUAUGCUCACUGCUCUCGAGACCGGGUUUGAUAAGGAGGGCAUUAUCUGCUUCCCCAUCUUCAUGCUCUUCUCAUCCUUCACUGCCAGUGCCACUGUGGCCUACCUGUCUCUGAAGGGCUUGACCCCCCCUAAUGCGGUCGAGACUGCUGGGCAUAUUGUGCGCGACGGCCUCCACUUCAUGCAGGAUGGAGUCGACACAUGGCCACUGAUCAGCUCGUGGCUGCGUCACCUUGCCGUCAUGCAUAGAGUGCUGGGCAAUGAUGCUACCUCCAAUUCCAACGCUGGCACCGGCGUCCCCGCUCCUCCGGCUCCGGCCAACAACCACACUGCCUCUGUGAGCGAGAGUGGCCGUGAGAGCGGUCGCGAGAGCGAGCCACCCGCGCCUCAGCCGCGUCGCCCUGGUGUUACUACCAUCAACGGCGGUUCCGGCGGUGUUGGUACGCCGGCUUCUGUCAGCCCGCCUCCUCCUCAGCAGGCCGAGAUCAAGCAGUCCACCGAGAUGCUUUCUCAGCCUCCUAUUGGCAACGGCGUGGCUUCGGCCGAGCCUGCUGCUCCUGUGCCCCAGGAUAUGACGGCUAGCGAACUUUGCUCCGCAUUCGAGCGACAGUUGCUUGAGCUCGACGACCUCGCCGCCUUCAUGGGUGGUGGAGUUUGA